UUUUUGUGUUUAUUUUGUAUUUUUUUAAAUAUUAAAAUGCCUACAACUAUUUAUUUAUUUAUUUAUUGUAGCACGUGAAAGACUUUUGAAGGUAGCGCAAAUGCGGGAAGAGCGAUUCACUUUAGGGGAGAUAUAUACUUUCGCGGAUAAUUUUAACGCAUUAGUGUGGUGCGCUAUGCGUUUAAUAAUUAAAAAUAGUAUUUUGUGCAAUAUAUGCAAUAUUAGUAAAAACUUAAUAAAGCGAAAUUCCUUCUCGGACGGAUACAUCUGGAAAUGUCAUGGAUGUGGUCAGCGUACUUCGGUAAUAAGAGAUGGUUCCUUCUCCAAAAGCCUGCUGCCGUUGAAGAAAAUGAUCAUUAUCAUUUAUGGCUUUGCAAAUGACUUCCCACAAACCCAGAUCAAGAUCGAAUCUGGGGUUGGAAGUCCCACUAUUGUCGACUGGUGCAAUUUCUGUCGAGAAGUGUGCACCAGAUAUUUGCAAGAGCACCCUGUGGAAAUUGGAGGAUUCGAUGAAAAUGGUGAACCCAUUACGGUAGAAAUUGACGAAUCCUACUUCUCCCCCAGGAAGUACAAUAGAGGUGCUUAUAGGCCCGGAAGAUGGAUUUUUGGAGCUGUGGAGAGGAAUAGUGGAAAAUUAUUCGUGAUAACGGUGGCAGCAAAAAGCGAGGAAAUACUAUUGCCCAUCAUAUCCAGAAUGAUUUUACCGGGGUCAAUAAUUGUUUCCGAUGGAUGGAGGGCGUAUGCCAAUAUCGGUCGCUUGGAAGGAGGGGUGUAUGAACACAGGGUUGUGAUUCAUCAGCAAAAUUUUGUAGACCCUGAUGAUGCCAGUGUUCAUACACAGACCAUUGAAAGUGUAUGAAUGCGACCAAAAAAGAAGUUCCGCAGACAAUGCGGAACUUCUAGAAAUUUGUUCGAAUCCUAUCUGGAUGAAUUUCAAUGGAGAGAGCGAACAAAAAACAAGGACAGAUUUGUAGAGUUUUUCAUUUGUCUACAAGAACAGUUCGUAGUUUAGUUAAAUUUAAGAUUAGUUUAGUUAGUCGUAGUAGAAUUUUUAGUUUAGUUUAGUUUAGUUUGCUUUUUAGCAGAACAAUUCAUAGUUUAAUUAAUUUUAAAAUCAGUUUAUAUAGUUUAGUUUACACUUUUUAAUUAAGUUGUGUGUAUGUAUGUUUGUGUGUGUGUGUG